UGCACGCUCUUUCUCUGCCGCUAUGGCGGCGGGCGCGGAGUCGCGCUCUUUCCUGGGCCUCACCCCGUCCGCACGGGACCCGGCGACCGCCGUUCGGCGACGGAACCGCGGCCCCAGGAACCGCAAGAAGGGCUGGAAGCGCUGGGCCGGGCCCGAGGCGCGGCUGGGCCGCGAGAUCGGCGAUUUCCUCGAGGAUGUGACGCUACAGCAGCGCGUGGCGGGCGGUCUGAUCGCGGAGCAGCCCGACGCGGGGCUCUUCUUUGUGGAUACGGGCAAUGCUGAGAAGGGACGGAAAAGGAAGAAUAAAAUCCGUGAGAAACCCCUUCACAUCGACCUGGUGCUGCGGCCCGACUCCAAAGUGCCGGCGCCCAAAGAGUGAGCGCCGUUCUGAUUUGGGGUGGGGGCUGUACCGG